UCCAGCUACAUGCUGUGAAUUCUCAAAGCGCGUGUUGUUGAAUUCAUACAUUCUGCAGGUGUUUUCCGUAGGGCUGUGUCACCAACUUCCAUCUCAUUUUCUGAAGACGCUACUCAAAGUUAUGGGUGAACCGGUGACUGAAAUGUGUGAUCAGCUCAUUAAAGCUGUGAACGUGAUGAUGGAUGCAGAAUCUAGCCAAAUAUAUCGCCUGGAGGCCCUAAAGUUUUGUGAAGAAUUCAAAGAGAAGUGUCCUUUCAGUGUACAAUGUGGGUUACGGCUAGCAGAUAAAGCCCAGACGGCUGUCGUGAGACACUUCGGCCUGCAGAUUCUGGAGCAUGUUGUCAAGUUCAAUUGGAACAACAUGCCUCAGCAGGAGAAGGUCCACCUGAAGAACUGUGCCAUGGACUUGUUGUCAACUGGCACCUAUCCUAUACUGGAGGAAGAGAGUCACAUAAAGGAUGUUCUCGCUCGGAUCAUAGUGGAGAUGAUCAAGAGAGAAUGGCCACAGCACUGGCCCGAAAUGCUCAAGGAGAUGGAGGCCCUGACCGGCACUGGGGAAGCCCAGACGGAGCUGGUGAUGUUGAUCCUUCUGCGGCUGGCGGAGGACGUGAUCACCUUCCAGACCUUGCCAGCGCAGCGUCGCCGGGACAUCCAGCAGACCCUAACUCAGAACAUGGAGAGCAUCUUCAUCUUCCUCCUCGCCAUCCUGCAAAUCCACGUCGACGAGUACCGCAAACUGAAAAGAAUACCGGGUCAGGAAUUGCAGGCCAAGUCCCACUGUCGUGUGGGCGUGGCCACUCUGAACACCCUGGCGGGCUACAUCGACUGGGUGGCCGUGACCCACAUCACCAAUGACAACUGUCGUCUCCUGGAGAUGCUGUGCCUGCUGCUCAGUGAGACAGAGUUACAGCUGGAGGCUGCCGAGUGCCUGGUCAUCGCCAUCAGUCGCAAGGGGAAGCUAGAGGACAGGAAGCCACUCAUGUUACUGUUCGAUGACGUCGCCAUGCACUUCAUCCUGUCCGCCGCGCAGUCUGCAGCUGGAGCAGCGAUAUGCAACACGCCGUCUGCGUCAGAGCCUGCGGUGGGGGUGGUGGAUAGACACUAUACCUUCCUGAAGAGGCUUUGUCAGGUCCUGUGUGCCCUGGGCUCCCAGCUGUGCUGCUUAGUGGGCUCAGAUGUGGAGGUAGAGGUACCGGCCAACCUCAGCAAGUACAUGGAGGCAUUCCUGGCCUUUACUACCCACCCAAGCCAGUUCUUGCGGGCUGCGACCCAGAUCACAUGGGGAACCCUGUUUAGACAUGAGAUUCUCUCCAAGGAUCCUGUCAUCAUUGAGAUGACCAUCAAGUACUUCAGAGCCACCAUGACCAACCUAGUCAAGACUGGCUUUCCUUCCAGGAAUGACAGUCCCAGUUGUGAGUACUCGCGUCAUGACUUUGACAGCGAUGAAGACUUCAACACCUUCUUCAACUCGUUCCGGGCCCAGCAGGGGGAGGUGGUUCGGAAUGCGUGUCGGAUCGUUCCGUUGGAGGCCUUCCAGAUUGCUGCAGAGUGGCUGCGCUAUCAGAUCAGUACGCCCAUUGACAUCGGGACCAUUGUGUCCAAGACGGCCGAGGGGCUGUGCUCCAUCCUGUCUCCGUCAGCUGUCCAGUGGGAUGCGAUGACUUUCUUCACGGAGAGUGUUGUGGCGCAGAUCUUCAAGAAUGUGGAGGAUGAGAAGUUGCCUGUAGAUCAGGGUAUUGAGCUGCUCCAGGCCGUAUUGAACUACAACACCAGAGAUCCUCUAAUCCUGUCCUGUGUCCUCACCAAUGUGUCCGCCCUGUUCCCCUUCGUCACACAUCGACCCCAGUUCCUGACUCUGGUCCUGCAAAAGCUGUUUGCCUCCAUCACAUUUGAGGUGGUAGAUGAGAGCAAGUCAGAUCUGUCCCGUUUCCAGGCGCCACGGACACGUGCAGUGAAGAACGUUCGAAGACAUGCCUGCUCCUCCAUCAUCAAGAUGUCUAGAGGCUACCCGCAAUUCCUUCUGCCGUGUUUUGACAUGCUGUACGACCACGUGAAGAAGCUGUUCUCCAACGAGGCCCUCUUGACCCAGAUGGAGAAGUGCGCCCUGAUGGAGGCCCUGGUGCUCGUCAGUAACCAGUUUAAAGACUACGCCAAGCAGAAGGCCUUCCUGGAGGAGCUCAUGGCUACUGUGGUCGUUCGCUGGACCUCCGAAGAGAUGAGGCGUGUGCUGUGUGAUCCUGCUUUGUUCCUGGCAUUUGUUGGUGCUGAUCAGCAGGUGCCUGUUGGCUCUGAGGACACAACAGGCAUUAACAGGUCACGGUUGAGCUUCUGCGUAUACACCAUCCUGGGGGUGGUGAAGAGGGCCCGCUGGCCAUCUGACCUGGAGGAGGCCAAGGCAGGGGGCUUUGUGGUGGGCUACACGCCCGCUGGUGCCCCCAUCUACAGAAACCCUUGUACCCACCAGGUCCUGGCUCUGUUGCCCAACCUCCUGGCCCUCAUCAGAACCCACAACAGUCUAUUCCUGCCUGAGAACAUGUGUCGCCUCAGUGACAUGUUCUCCAAGGCCUACGAUGUGAUUGAAGUGGAGAAGAACGUGGUUCUAGGUUUGCCCCAGCCAGUUUUGGACAUCUAUGACUCUCCAGUAUAUAAGACUCAGCUGGAGCGUAUGCAGGGAUUCUUCUGUACCCUCCAUGACAACUGUUACCAUAUCCUGGGUAAUGCAGGCCCGUCGUUGCAGCAGGAUUUCUACACCAUCGAGGGAUUGGCUGAACAGAUUGUUGGUUCUGCCUUUGUCUCCCUGGACAAUGUGCCUGACCACAGGCUCCGCCCCAUGCUGCGGGUGUUCAUGAAGCAGCUGGUGGUGUCUUGUCCUCCGGAGUACUACGACAGCCUGCUCUGCCCCCUGCUGGGCCCUCUCUUCAGCUACAUGCAGCAGAGACUCAACAUGAGGUGGCAGAUCAUCAACCAGAGGAGUACUGACAGUGGGGAGGAGGACGAGGCUUGCGAGGAGAACCAGGUUACUCAGGAGAUGCUGGAGGAGCAGCUGGUUCGUCUGGUCACCAGGGAGGUUCUGGACCUGCUCACCCGUGCCUGCAUUCUGAAGAAGAUACCAGAGCCAGCAGGGAACAAGGAGGAUGUAGAUGGAGUGGAGGAGGAGAUGAUGUCCACUGAGUCCCCGGCACUCACUGCUGCUCCAACCCAGGGAACAGGGGAACUGACCGAGCUGGGGAAGUGUCUAGUCAAACACGAGGACAUAUACAUGACUCUGCUGACCAUCUCAUUCAGCUCUCUGUCCUGGAAGGACACCAGUAACUGUCAUCGCACUGCCUCCAUGGUCUGUUGGACGCUGCUACGACAGGUUGUGGGGGAAAACCUUUUGCCAGAUGCCGUCAUAUGGUUUUAUACCAGUGUUCUGAAGGGACUUCAAAUGCACGGACAGCAUGAGGUCUGCAACUCUGCCCUCACACAGCUGGCCCUGUUUAUAUACGAUAACCUGCGGCCACGCAACGUGGAGCUCAGGGCCGUGAUGACUCAAAUCCCUGGGGUCAGCGUGGAGGCCCUGGACCAGUACGACCAGCAGCUGCUGGAUCCCAACUCUCUCCCGAGGUUAGGGGAGAAGAAGAGGAAGGACCAGUUCAAGAAGCUCCUCGCCGGCACCGUCGGGAAAGCCCUGGGCCAGCAGUUUAAAAAGGAGGUACAUAUCCGAAAUCUGCCGUCUCUCUUUAAGAAGUCCAAGCCGGAGAAAAGAGACAUCCUGGAGACCUGUGAGACUGGGACACUAACAGCGCUUUUCUCCCAAACGCAGGACGACAUAUAAGAGAGCAGUGCAGCACAGGUCACACACACACACACACACACACACACACACACACACACACACACACACACACACUACUCUCAGCUGUUACAGAAUUUGGACUGGACACUUUUUACGCGCCCCAUUGGCUUUUAGUUGGCUCGCCAAUGGUAUGAUGGUCCUGUCCUAUCCAUCUACAGUAGGAGGAACCUGUCUGACUACACCGUACAUGCUGGGGCUUCCCAUCAGGACAAAGGGAAUCAGAAUACUCUGUCAUGGACUGAACCCUGCUUACUGGUCGCCUGUCUGCUGGAACAAUAUCAAGAUGUUGACGAUGGCAUUUGUCCUUCAAGAGAAUAUGGCUGUUACCAAAAACCCUGCAGGUUAGAAAUGGUAAACCUUUGAUUUACGUUGUCACAGCACAUUACUCAUUAGCGUGACACGUUCAGCUUAUGUUGUUUUUCAGUAGAUUUGCUCACAUAGACAAUCCUCCUGGGUGCUAAAUGAAAGCAGACAUUUUGUACUUGAAGAACAUGAAUGGGAUCCAGUGAAUAUGUCUCAGGUGAGACUACUUGUCUGCCGUAUAAGGUUAUCUAUUUUAAAACCAAGCCAAUGUUUUGUACAGAUCAUUAAUUACUGUUGAUGGAUGCGAUUGUCAAGUAAAACUGUCAUCGUUGUGACUUUGUUCAUUUUCACUGGUUUUCCUAGCUAUGAAUGGAUGAGAAACCAGCACUACAUUCCUCUAAUGUUAAAGGGAUAGUUUGCCCUUUGUGAAUGACUAGUGGAGAGCUCAUAUUUUGUCAUCUGUUUUGUAGGUUACAUUGUAUGCAUUUUGGGGGGGGAAAUGUGGGCCUUCAUCCCAAAAGAAAGUGAAUGGAAGAUGGGCAUGGAACUACUGUUGAUUGUUUUUUAAUUUAUUGUGUUUAUUUUGGCAGAAGCUGAAGUCUCAAUAUUUAGCUCACAGCUACUCAAGCUGCUAUUGUCACUGUUUUGCCUGUAAAUGUCUCCAAAUACAUACAUAAUCUAUGAUAAAGAUAUAAAAUAUGGUCUCUUGUAAUCAAUGAGCAGUGUGACUGACAGGCACUACAUUUUGGAGCUGAAAUACCUGUUAUAAAUCUCACCUGGUCACUGAUUGCUAUGUUCACACAUUGUUUUUUCUACAUUCACACAACACAAACAGAAAAGAAACGUCUGUACUGGCACAGGGGAAAGAGUAUUUCAAUCUGUAUUGCUGUUUAUAUUUGCUGUUUUUAAAUAAAAUGUGACUGGUAAGUCA